AUGGCACAAAAAUGGGUGCUAACGGUGACGGCACAAACACCAACUAACAUGUCAGUGAUAAGGGAAAUUCGAGCUCGUGCUAACGAUUUUGAGGAUGAGAAAAAGGGUAUCAAAAUCACAAAAAAGGACUGGGAAAACUUGCACGUCCAUAUUGCUUCUAACAAUAAUUUUCCUACUGCUGCGGGGUUGGCUUCCUCAGCUUCUGGUUUUGCAUGCCUUGUCACAAAUCUAGCAAAUAUGGAAAAUGUACAACAGGAAAAUGGAAAACUCUCUGCCAUAGCAAGGCAAGGUUCUGGAAGCGCUUGCCGAAGCUUAUAUGGAGGAUUUGUUAAGUGGCUCUUUGGAAAAGAGAAAGAUGGAAGCGAUAGCUUCGCUGUUCAACUCGUAGAUGAGAAGUACUGGAAUGAUCUUGUUAUCAUCAUUACAGUGGUGACUUCACGACAGAAGGAAAUAAGUAGCGCCUCUGGAAUGCGUCUAACUGUUGAAACCAGUCCACUUAUGCAAUACAGAGCAAAGGAGGUAGUCCCAAAACGCAUAAUUGAAAUGGAAAAAGCCAUACAGAAUCGUGAUUUUCCAACUUUCGCUCGUUUGACUUGUGCAGAGAAUAAUCAGUUUCAUGCAGUGUGCUUAGCUACCAGUCCUCCUCUAUUUUACAUGAAUGAUACAGCUCACAGCAUAAUUGGCUGUGCUGAGAACUUGAAUCGCACAGCAGGAACCCCACAGGUAGCUUAUACCUGCGAUGCUGGGCCAAAUGUUGUUGUAUUUGCACGUAACCGAGAGGCUGCUGCACUUCUGCUUCAAAGGCUCCUCUUCCACUUCCCACCAAAUUCAGAUACUGAUCAAGACAGCUACGUCAUCGGUGAUAACUCUAUCCUAAAGGAUGCUGGGAUUCUGGAUAUAAAGCACGUGGAAUCAUUACCUCCACCCCCAGAAGACAAUGUCUCAAAUCAUAAAUAUAAGGGUGAAAUAAGCUACUAUAUCUGCACAAGACCUGGAAAAGGUCCCGUUUUUCUUACCGAUGAAAGCUAAGCUCUCCUCAACCCUGAAACGGGACUGCCAAAGUAAAUGGCGAUUCGUUGUACUAAGCUCCCGCUAUGUAUGGGUCCGGAGAAGGGCCUCUUGGACUUAAUAAAGGCAAAAACUGUCAUUUUAGUUGUUUCUGUUCUUAAGAACUGUGUAUUUGAAGCUUUUGUUUGUAACUAGAUGACCUCCAGCCCGUGUUGAGCACGGGCACAAUAGUAUGGUCUAUGAUUACUCUGUUUGUCUAUCACCUA